AUGACAACUCUUCAGGCGAUAAAAGCUCAAAAGAAGGCUCUCCGUAAAGCCAUUUCCACAACCCUCAGUCUUUUGCCUCAAUCCGAAAUUGAUGAGCAAUCGCGUUCAAUUACGGCCAGAGUCCUGUCAUUGCCAGCCUUUUUGCAAUGCAAAACGAUCAGUUGCUAUCUAAGCAUGCCAUCAGGAGAGGUCGCGACACCACACCUCGUUUCAGAGAUCAUUAGCCAAGAUAAAACGUUUUUUGCUCCAAAAAUCCAUUCAAAAGAUGGAUAUAUGGAUUUUUUUGAGAUAUUUGGCGCGGACGAUCUUGCAUCUUUACCCAGUGGUACCUGGGGGAUCAAGGAGCCAGCUUUGAACUCGGACUCUGAGCUACUUGAUGUCAUAUUGCUUCCAGGCGUUGCGUUUGAUCGUUCCCUUUCACGCCUUGGGCACGGAAAGGGCUAUUAUGACAGAUUCAUAACGUCGUACACGUCCAAUGGACGCCGCCGACCGCUGCUUAGUCGGUGGUAUCAAGUUGGUCUCGCCCUUCGGGAACAAGUUUUAAACAGCGGCGAGAUACCAAUGGCGGAACAUGAUUGGAGAUUGGAUAUGGUGAUAGCACCGGACGAAAUAUUGACGAACAGGGAGGUAUAA